AUGUGAACUUAACAUUCUUUGCGCGGGGGCAGCACUGUCAGGACAGUCUAAAAUGGCGGGUGUACUAUUCGAGGAUAUUUUCAACGUAAAAGACAUCGAUCCAGAGGGGAAGAAAUUCGACAGGGGGCGGUGGGACGCGAUCCGCCGGCAGCUCGCUGCUUGGUGGCUUGGUUAAAGGGAUGGGGCGGGAGGGUCAUGACGGGUUUGCCAGGGGGUCGAAGGGUGAAAGACGAGGGGGCUGGCAGUCUGUGCUGCGGCCGGUCGAUGCAGCAACGAUGCCCGCAGCCGCAGCAGCAGCAGCAGCAGCCACCAGUACCGAGCAACAUCGCAUUCGCG